GCCGCGGCUCACAGGGUCCCAAAGGGUCGCACUCAUUUCCGGGUGUACAAACAUGGCGGCGCUACACGCCUGCGCACUGAGGCAGCGUUAGUCAGAGUGUGAGUCUGAGUCCGGCCGAUGGCCGGGGUAACAGAAGAGAAGGACAUGGAGGCAGUUUGGAGCCCAGGGCUGGAUUCUGCCCCCCUGUCAGUCGUUACCAUGGAGCUGAAGUUGGGGUCCCUGGUUACCCUGCUGCUUCUCACCAUUAUCAGUGGCCUUGCCCCUCUCUCUCUAUUCAGGCGCCAGGGGAGCACAGUUACCUCCGGUCCCCAGCGGAGGUCGCUGAGUCUCAUCAGCUGCUUCUCGGGAGGCGUCUUCCUUUCUACUUGUCUUCUGGAUCUGAUGCCCAGUUACCUGUCCUCUAUUGCUGGUGCCCUGAAAGGGUUAAACAUCACAUUGCAGUUCCCCCUGCAAGAGUUCAUCUUGGCCAUGGGAUUCUUCCUGGUGCUGGUAAUGGAGCAGGUUGCCAUGGGUUACAAGGAUCAGGCCGGCGGCUCGGAGGAGACGGGCGCCCUGCUGGGAUCGGCCAGCCUGUUACACAGCGGGGUGGGGGCGCCCCACGUACACGUGGAUGUGAACGCUCACUCGGCGGUGAGAAUGAUGGCGCUGGUACUGGCCCUGGCGCUGCACUCCGCCCUGGAGGGCGUGGCCUUGGGGUACCAGGGGGCACGUGGGCGAGUGAUGAAGACCUGCCUGGCUCUGCUCGUCCAUAAGAGCCUCAUUGCAUUCAGCCUCACCCUCAAACUGGGGCAGGGGCGCCUCCACGUCCGGGCCAUGCUGGCGUGCCUCCUGUUCUACUCCCUAAUGUGCCCGCUGGGCAUGGGCCUGGGCAUGGCGUGGGCUGGCAGCACCGACCCAGUGCAACAGUUAACCCGUAGUGUGCUGGAGGGACUGGCCACUGGGGCAUUUAUGUACAUUACCUUCCUGGAGAUCCUGCCCCACGAGCUGAGCGCCGGUUACCCCCAGAUCGACAGGGUCAUCGUGUUGCUCUGCGGCUUCUCCGCCAUCGCCGCCGUCCUCUUCAUCAAGAUCUGAUUAACCCUUUCCUCGGCUGCCCGUCGCUUCCCAAGCACAAACGGGACCAAUGAGAGGGAAGCGUGUGUGCCGCGGAUACAGUCGCGCUUGCCCUUUAUGUUUCUAUUAUGCAGAAAAAUAUUUUGUAAUAUUUAUAUACACGGGGAUCUAUUUUUUAUUAUUAUUAUUAUACCAGUUUUAUACCCACGUGUUUACUAACCAGCUGUAACGUACACAGCCUUUAUUAAAAUGGCUUCUUUUUAA